AUGCCAGCAUUGGGUUCUCCAUCACCCCAUCACCCCAUCACCUCAUCACCCCAUCACCUCAUCACCACAUCACCCCAUCACCCCAUCACCUCAUCACCCCAUCACCCUAUCACCCCAUCGCCUCAUCACCCCAUCACCUCAUCACCCCAUCGCCUCGUCACCCCAUCGCCUCAUCACCCCAUCACCCUAUCACCCCAUCACCUCAUCACCCCAUCACCUCAUCACCCCAUCACCUCAUCACCCCAUCACCUCAUCACCCCAUCACCUCAUCACCCCAUCACCUCAUCACCCCAUCACCUCAUCACCCCAUCACCUCAUCACCCCAUCACCUCAUCACCCCAUCACCCCAUCGCCUCAUCACCCCAUCGCCUCAUCACCUCAUCACCCCAUCACCUCAUCACCCCAUCACCUCAUCACCCCAUCACCUCAUCACCCCAUCGCCUCAUCACCCCAUCACCUCAUCACCCCAUCGCCUCAUCACCCCAUCGCCUCAUCACCCCAUCACCCCAUCGCCUCAUCACCCCAUCGCCUCAUCACCCCAUCGCCUCAUCACCCCAUCGCCUCAUCAACCCAUCACCUCAUCACCCCAUCACCUCAUCUCCCCAUCACCUCAUCACCCCAUCACCUCAUCACCCCAUCACCUCAUCACCCCAUCACCUCAUCACCCCAUCACCUCAUCACCCCAUCACCUCAUCACCCCAUCACCUCAUCACCCCAUCACCUCAUCACCCCAUCACCCCAUCACCCCAUCGCCUCAUCACCCCCAUCGCCUCAUCACCCCAUCACCUAACCACCCGAUCACCUCAUCACCCCAUCACCUGUCAGUGCCGCCCAUCGCUCCCUCCCUGCCUCUUGUUCUGCCACUCCAUUAGCAUCCCUAACAUCACUCGCUUUUCAUACCCCAUCAAAUCCCCUCCAUAUUUCCACCAACACCCCUUCCUCCCCCUUACUCCAUCCCUUCUCCCCUCCCUUUCCCUCCCCUCCCCCCCCCUCCCUCCUCCUCCUCCCCUCCACUCCCCUCCUCUCCCCUCCACUGCCCUCCACUCCCCUCCCUUCUCCUCCCAUCGUCUCCUCUGCUCCCCUCCCCGUCUUCUCCUCUCCUCACACCUCUCACAGCGACCUGGCCAGUGCGGGAGUGCGCACCCCACCGCCAGGCUCAUGGUCGGCGCUCUCAUCGCUAGAGACCGUCUCUCUUUAGAACAACAACCUCACUGCGCCCUUCCCUUUCCUCCUCCCAGUGAUCUGGCCAGUGCAGGGGUGCGCACCCCACCACCGGACUCAUGGGCGGCGCUCUCAUCACUGGAGAUCGUCUCACUGCACAGCAACAACCUCACUGCACCCUUCCCCGCCUUCCUGCUGCAACUACCCAACAUCUCCGAUAUGUGCGUCUGUCUUCCCUUCCCUCCUCCUCCUCCUCCUCCUCCUCCUCCUCCUCCUCCUCCUCCUCCUCCUCCUCCUCCUCCUCCUCCUGCUGCUGCUGCUGCUGCUGCUGCUGCUGCUGCUGCUGCUGCUGCUGCUGCUGCUGCUGCUGCUGCUGCUGCUGCUGCUGCUGCUGCUGCUGCUGCUGCUGCUGCUGCUGCUGCUGCUGCUGCUUGCUGCUGCUGCUGCCUCUACUUCCUUUCAUCUCUCUUGCUGCUCCUGUCGCAUCAAGGUCGGUCCCUCAGCCUCCUGGAGUUUGAGAAUUCUUCCACCCCCCCUCUCACCGCCUGCCCCUCCACAUUCCCCCCAUUUCCCCCCUCUCUCCCCCUCCCCUGCGAGGUGUCCUCCUUCUACCUGAACGGCGAGGUGUCCUCCAACUACCUGAACGGGUCGGUUCCUCAGCCUCCUGCCGGCCGCUCUGCUCAGUUCAGCGCGCUACGCCAUUUGCUUCGCGUGGAAGUGCAGCGUGGCGGAGCGAUGAAGGAGGCGAGGCGGGGAGCGAAGGCGCCUCGCGCUGGUGGCGGGCGGGGCGAUCCCAGCGGGCCGCUGAUGCCGCCCACCGUCAUCUCUGACUCACGGUUUUCCGCGCUCCACUCAGACCCGCGCUUCGCGGUGAACUUCGAUACCAACCGCUCUGGCUGCUCGGUGCGCCAACCGCUCUGGCUGCUCGGUGCGCCAACCGCUCUGGCUGCUCGACGCGCCAACCGCUCUGGCUGCUCGGUGCGCCAACCGCUCUGGCUGCUCGACGCGCCAACCGCUCUGGCUGCUCGGUGCGCCAACCGCUCUGGCUGCUCGACGCGCCAACCGCUCUGGCUGCUCGGUGCGCCAACCGCUCUGGCUGCUCGACGCGCCAACCGCUCUGGCUGCUCGGUGCGCCAACCGCUCUGGCUGCUCGACGCGCCAACCGCUCUGGCUGCUCGACGCGCCAACCGCUCUGGCUGCUCGGUGCGCCAACCGCUCUGGCUGCUCGACGCGCCAACCGCUCUGGCUGCUCGACGCGCCAACCGCUCUGGCUGCUCGGUGCGCCAACCGCUCUGGCUGCUCGACGCGCCAACCGCUCUGGCUGCUCGACGCGCCAACCGCUCUGGCUGCUCGACGCGCCAACGCGUCACGUGCCUCACCCCCUGCCAUGCCCCUCCCACCUCAUGCCUCUCUCGCAUCCUCUCGCCCUUCCUGCCAAUCCCGCCUGCCCCCGCCCCUUGUCCGACUCCCCUGCGCCCUCUGUCCGCCCCAUUCGUCCCACGCGCUCUCUAUCUGCCCGUCUCGACGACCCUCGUCACCCCCACGCACCCCUCGUCACCCCCAUGCUCCCCUCGCCACCCUUGCGUGGAGGAGGAGGAGGAGGAGGAGGAGGAAGAGGAGGAGGAGGAGGAGGAAGAGGAGGAGGAAGAGGAAGAGGAGGAGGAAGAGGAAGAGGAGGAGGAAGAGGAGGGUGCUUGCUUACUCCCACCCCUUUGUUCUCGCCUUUCCCCCCUGCACCGCUCCAUUUUCCCACCACCACCACAUGCUGCUCCCGUCACUCCACUCCCGCUCAUCUUUGCUCCACCCCUCCUCUCUCCCCUCAUCGCCCCACAUCCCGCGCUGCCCCCUUGUUGCGCCGCCGUCUAUCCAGGGCGGCAGCAGCAGCAGGAGGAGCGAGUGGAGACGGUGGAGGAGGCAACGAGGCGCCUGGUGCUCGUCAACAUGGACUGGGACAACGUGCGGGUGAGACGAGAGGAGACGGGCGUGCGGGCAGUGGACAUCCUGGUGGUGCUGCGCUCCUUGGUGCCGCCCGGUGGGCGCAUCACAGCCGUCACCGUGUACCCAUCUGACUUCGGUCCGCACCAGAUGCACGCCGAGCUCGAAAGCUGCCCUCAGGGGCUCUUCCAGGCCAGCAGUUGUGCAAAGGGGAAGGCAGGCCGGGGGGCUCAGGUGCAGGGAGGUGAGGAGGGGGAGGAAGGGGAGAGCAGUGAGGAGGGCGAGGGCAUGGAUGCGGAGAGACUGAGGGAGUACGAGAAGUCCAAGCUCAGGUACUACUACGCGGUGGUGGAGUGUGACAGCGCGGGCACGGCGGCACACGUGUAUGCGGAGUGUGACGGCAUGGAAUAUGAGAACAGCGCCAACCUCGACCUGCGCUUCAUCCCCGACGCCAUGACCUUCACCCACCGACAACCCCGCGACUCCUGCAGUGAGGUGCCGGGGGACUACACAACGCCGGUGUUCACGACGCGGGUGCUGCAGCACAGCACCGUGAAGCUCACGUGGGAUGAGGACGACCCCACCCGCGUGCGAGCGUUGCGCCGCAAGUUCACCGCCGUCCAGGUGAGCGCCGGCCAGGUGAGCGCCGGCCAGGUGAGCGCUGGCCAGCAAGUGCAUCUGCCUUCACCACUCCCCUCUUGCUCCCCCCCUUGUUUUUCCCUGAACACCCUUUCCUCCGUUCGCCCUUGUCGUUUUGCUCCUCCUGUUCCCAACCCCCCCUUCCCCCCCUUUCUCCUGCGGGCUGGGCAUGUCUCCUUGUGUCCUGUGCGCUGCUCUCUGCAGGUGGCGGAUCUGGACUUCCACGACCACCUCGCCUCGUCCUCGGGUGAGGACGAGGAGGAGGAGGGGGGAGAGGAGGAAGAGGAGGAGCAGGACGAGGAGGACGAGAGAAGGGAGAAUGGUGGCAGGAAGGAGGAGGGGAAGAAGAAGGGUGGAGGGACAAGAGAAGCAGCUGAGAAUGCUGUUGAAGGGGCUGGCGGGGAUGGCGAGGGCAAGGGGAGGAAGAAGGGGAAGGGGAGACCAGGAGAGGCAGAGGGGGAGGAGUCGGAUGGGGGCAGGCGCGUGCAGCAGGAGGACGACCCCUUCUUUUCCCUCCCUGCGGACGAGGACCCGUUUGCCGACCCCUUCUUUGCCUCCACUCAUGCCGGCGGUGCUGUCGCUGGCACGGCCAGGAGUGGCAACGGAGGGGCUGGAGGGGUGAAAGGAGAGGCGGGGCGGGGUGUGGACGUGGACGUGAAUGAUCCGCGCUUCGCUGCUCUCUUCACGUCACCGCACUUCGCCAUCGACCCCACUGACCCCCGCUUCCUCAAAUUGUCAGCCCUGCAGCGCCUUAUAGCCAAGAAGCAGCGCCGCCGCGUGCCAGGUGGUGCAGCGGGCGGGGGAGCAGCGGGCGGGGGAGCAGCGGGUGGUGGCGGGAGUGGCAGCAGUGGCAGGGGUUCCGCCAGCCAUGGGCGGGGGGUUCGAGGGGGGCUGCGAGGUGGGCGGGGGGCUGGGGAUGGGGAGGAGGGGAAGGGUGCGGGUAGUGGCAGGGCGGAACUGAGUGUGGUUGUGAAGAGCCUCAAGCGCAAGAUGGGGCAGAGCACACACAAGGCAGAGCCGAUGCCGCGGGUGAGGCGUGGCAGGGCACGGGUGUUGCUGCUGGGAGCUCACGGCAGCCAACCGCCCCACACCACGUCCCUAGCGGGUCUGCUGGCGCGCUGGCGGGUCCGAAGGUGCAUUGGCGGACCACUGGCAGGGCCGUUGGCGGGCUCCCUUGCGCGCUAA